AGCCGCGAACCGGAAGGGAUCGUUCCGAACGGAUCUUUUAUUUAUUUAAUUAUUUUUCGAGCGUGGGGAGGGAGGUGUGUAGCCUUGUCAUGGCGGCCCCGCUGGGUUGUCUUGCUCUCGGGAGGGAGAAGCUCAUCGUGCGUUUGGGGAGUGUUUGCAUUGGCCGCGCUAGCCGCGGGCUUCAGACGGUACCCCGGAGAAGUUGUUCUCAGUAUAAACAGGUGGCCAGUAAUGAAGACAUGCCAGUUCCAAUGGAAAAUCCCUACAAGGAACCAAACAAAAAAUGUAUUUUGUGUGGAAAAACUGUAGAUUAUAAGAAUGUUCAGCUUUUGUCCCAGUUUAUUUCUCCAUUCACUGGAUGCAUUUAUGGAAGACACAUAACAGGUUUAUGUGGGAAAAAACAGAAAGAGAUUACAAAGGCUAUUAAGCGGGCUCAGAUAAUGGGAUUUAUGCCAGUUACUUACAAGGAUCCUGCCUAUCUGAAAGAUCCCAAAAUUUGCAACAUCAAAUACUGAGAAUAAAGCUAGUACCAAGAAAACUUAUUUGACAGAUAACCUGUGGUACCAACUGUGAUUCAGUUCAAACAACAUCAGCCUGUACAUCAGAGGAGCUGGCCUGUUUCUACGCUAGGUUUUCUGGACCUAUGAUCUGAUUUUAUAAAGUUAACUCUACUCUUGUGGUAGAAAAUAAAAAAACUCAGCUGAACUCUA